AUGGGGCGACACUCUCGUGGCCUGAGCUGCCUACUCCUGGUUGGGGUCGGGGUAGAGUGUCUUGACGUCCCACUUGAAGUGGUCCGCGGCGAUGAUGUGCUUCAUGGCCUCGGUGAACACUUCAGCGUCGUGUUGUGGAAAAGCUUCUUCCAUGAACUCCUUGACCGGAGCCGAGGUGGCGAAGAUGUCGACAAUGAGUUUCUUGAAAAGGUCGCUCUUGCGUCCCUCCGGCAUCAAAGUCUCUCGGAUGUCGCGCUUUGUCGUUUCGACCAAAGCAGCGCGCGUCUCUGCGUCCAUCCGCGCUUUCUUCGCACAUUUGUACUCCUCCGAUCGCCAGUAGCGCUUCGCCCCGCGGCAUUCUGGCUCUUUGUCUUCAAGGCACGUUGGGCAUAUCCACUCCCUGGCAGCGAGAUGCAUGACAGAAUGAAACCACGUGGUUCGCGCGCUCAUGAAUUGUGGGAAAAGCGUGCACUGUGCGCGAAAGCCCACCGCGUCGUUUUCGCGCAGGAGCUCGAUGAGGUGUCCCAUUUCCACGUGCAUGUCGCACAGCUUGUGCUUUACGAGCCGAACGGGGUCCGUCUUGAUAUAAUUGUGCGCCGGUGGGGCCCGUCUUGA